UAAGCUUACAUGGCAGCAAGGCCCUGACGGCCUUGGUGGGGUGAGACAUGGCUGGCGGCCUGCCAGCCUGCCAGCCUGCGCAGUCCAAGCAAGAGCCAUAAAUCAAGCUCAGGGCGACAAGGUCUGAGAUGGACCAUGCCGAGUCCCAAAUCCCCAACCACCAGGCGCAGUUGGUUCGGAAAUACGACAGGGGCCUCUCGGCGUUUCAACCAGAAAGGACUGCGAAGAGCAGCCCUGCAGCCCUGGCAGCCGCAAUAGUGGGAUCGAUCAUCAACCGUAUUGCGACAAUCCCAGCACUGCCACCCGUCACCGUCAAUCGUCCCAUCCUUGGAUCGGAUCAACUCCGGCCUGAUGACUACUAGGCUCUGUCCCCGAAUCCUCAACUUUUCUUUUCUUGGACGCAUGACGAAAUCUUGACUUCGUCGCAGCCAGAGAGACAGGGGGAGAAGAAACAAAAAAAAAAGGUUGAGUUGCAUUGCAGCAUCGCGGUCGAUCUCUCCUCUCUGCCGAGUGCGGUUACAAGGACUUGGGCCGGCCACUGCCCGUCAGGCCUGCUCCAUUGACAAGCAGCCCGAUCCUUGCGCCGCCCAGCUGCCCCCGCCCCCGCCCCCCUCCCUCUUCCUGGCAACUGGGCCCUGUGGCGGUGGUGCUGAAAGGACAUUGAAGCCCAGUCCUCUCUGCCCCUCGGGCCCAAGCUUCCAGCUCCCUCAACCAGACCCAACGCACCGCAGCCCCACACCCCUGCCCUGCACCUGCACAGCUGCACGCACAGGUGCCUCUGGUCUGUGGGUCAGUGACGCAUUGCGCCCCAGUUGGGCCUAUUCCUCCCCUGCCCGAGUACCUACAAUCCUACAAACCUAGGACUUGCGCUCGACUAGGGUUCGCUCCCCUGUCCCGCCCAUAUCCAUCACAUCACAUCACUUCCCCCUCGUCCAACCGGUGGGACAUCUUCUCUCUUUUACACCACACCACAGUCGCUUGACCACCGCUCAUCGCUCAGAGACGGUGCUCGUCAACAGAUGGAUUCUGGUUUGAAGAGGAAGGACACCACAAAGGGUCCGCCCCUCCGGAUCCUGUCGCUAGAUGGCGGUGGUGUCCGAGGCUACAGCAUGUUCAUCAUCAUCCAGGAGAUCAUGCACCGAACCUUUGUCGAGAUCGAGGGCCGCGCGCCAAGACGUCAUGAGAUUCCAAAGCCGGCCGACCACUUCGACCUUAUCGUCGGCACCGGAACAGGCGGCCUGAUAGCCCUCAUGCUUGGGAGGCUGCGCCUGGAUCUGGAGACUUGCAAGCAGCUUUAUGUACGACUCACCCGCAUGGUCUUCGAGACCGACAAGACCAUACUCGGCAUCCCCACCCACUCCACACUAUUCAAGGCCUCGAGGCUCGAGGACGCCAUCAAGGACGCAGUAUCAGAACACACCACAUCCGAGUCCGAAGGGGACGACGGCACCUCUGUUCACAGCCCUCUGAGCUCCCACUCUCGCGCGAGCGCCCACUACCCACGGAGGCACGCCAGCAACGCGAGCGUGGUCAGUUUCAGCAACAAGAGCCCCCAGGCCCAGAUGGCCCGCCCGUACUACUCCGGCAGAGGUGGUGGUGACCCCAACGCGCGACUCUACGACGAGAGGGAGUACCGGACCAAAACUGCUGUAACCGCCGUCUACAAAGGCGCCUCUAGUAAGAACACCGACGUUGUCUUGCUGAGGUCAUAUGAUUCAAGGAGAGAGCCUGCCCCGGAGUUUGACUGCAAAAUUUGGCAGGCCGGUAGGGCGACUUGCUCCAUUGGGCUGGCAUUCAAGCCCAUCCAGAUUGGUCAGACGGUGUUCCAUGAUGAUGGAGACGGUCGAUUCAACCCCGCCCCAGAAGCCCUCGACGAAGCUGUUGUGAACGAGUGGCCCGGCCGAGAAGUCGGCGUGUUCCUCAGUAUAGGAACAGGAAAGCGGCCAAAGGGCAGUGAUACCAACAAGGCGGAGUGGUAUGAAGGCUUCAUUGGUGGCUUCGCAGAGGCCAAGCGGAGACUGAUCGCCAAGAUCGAGGGCUGCGAAAAGACCCACGAGAUGAUGAAGAAGCAACAUUUAUCGGACAGAGGAGUCAACCCCGAGGUUUACUAUCGCCUGAACGUCGAGGUCGGCGUCGGAGAGUUUGGUAUGAACGAAUGGAAUAGGCUGUCGGAUAUCAGCACGUCAACAAGGAUGUACCUCGGGAGGAAGACGGAGCAGAGGAUGGUGCAGGACGCAUCCGCGAAAUUGGCCAAGAUCCACCGUGCGAAGCAGCGGAUGGAGCGGCUGAGUGCAGAGCCGGACCUGCAGUACAAGCUUCCUGAGUUUGAUAUCUCCGCGCCACUUGCCGUCGAGCUCCCUGCCGAGAUACCAGAGAGUUGGCCGUCGCCCCACACGCCAUCGAGCCGACGCUCGUUCGACCGACAAUCUUACGAUUCCGGGACUGACAACCUGUCACUCCCAAACCAGCACGUUUCUCCAAGAAGCUCCUACGAGCGCGUACUGCCUACUAUACCGCAGAACCAACCUCUAUCGCCUUCCGCGCACGGCUCGCCCCAGCCGUCAGUCCGUCGGCAGGAUUCCCCGCCAUCUAGAGGCAACAGGCCACCAUCAGCACCGCCGGCCUCAGCCCCUCCUCGCGAGCCGCACGAAGACGGUGACAAGCUUGUGGUGAAUGCGCCAACACCCGCUCAGUGGAGGAAUGCGUCUGGAUCAGACAAGAUCGCCAUCGUAUCCUCAGAUGAGCGCCCCGGUCUCCAGGCGUAUGCUCCACAGCCGCCGAGAGUAGCACCUCCGCCGCUGCCACCGAAGACACCGCUCCCAGAAAACCAAGUCCCGAGAGCACCACGCCGAGUAGGCACGGCUCCGGUGGGCCCGGCGCCACCAUAUCCUCUGGAUGACGAUCCACCACCGCCUGUUGGCAGAAAGCCGGUCUACCAGGGUCGUUGAAGGCAUUAUCAAUUGUAAUUCAUUGGCUGACUGAAAAUUUCUCGGGGUCGAGGAUCGCUGCGGCUACUAACCAGGAUAUAUGGAUGAUGGCGUUUCGGGUUUGGCUGUUUCUUCAUUACUAAGGAUACCAUUUUCAGUAAACAUGCUUUAUCACGCUUGAUGAAUUAAUACCACUAAUUUCUUGGA